UGUUCCUCCUCAGGUUGUGGUGGAUUUUUAACAGAAUCAGAAGGCUUUUUCAGCUCGCCAAACCAUCCUGGCUCCUAUCCGCCUAACACAUUGUGCGUGUGGGUGAUCCAAGCCACGCCCCCUCACUUGAUCCAGAUCCACGUGUCCUCGCUGAACGUGGAGGGUCCAUCUCCGUGCCUGUUUGACUGGCUGGAGGUGCAGGAGCACGUGCAGCACAGCUCUUUGGCCACCAGGUUCUGCGGUGUGGUCGCUCCACCAACAGUCAACACAAACAGCAGCACGGUGUGGGUGACCUUCCGCUCCGAUGGCAGCAUCGCAGGCAGCGGCUUCACAGCACAGUACAGGACUUUACUGCCUGGACACAAAAGCUGCUCCAGAGACGAGUUCAUGUGUGACAGUGGUCGCUGUCUGCUGCCUGUGUCUGUGUGUGACGGCCAUCCACACUGUCAGGACCAACAAGAUGAGGCCAACUGCAGCCAGAAACACAAUGAAUGCGGUGGGCAGAAGACGAGGCCGUAUGGCUUCCUGGCAAGUCCAAAUCACCCCGGGCCUUAUCCUCACCAGCAGUUUUGUGUAUGGCACAUAUCUGUCGAGGAGGGUCACGUCAUCACACUGAGCUUCAAAAACUUCAGCCUGGAGAUUCAGGAUGUGUGCGAGUUUGAUUAUGUGGAGGUUCAUGACAGCAGCGACACGGGAGCUGGAAGAGUUCUGGGAAGGUUUUGUGGCACCACCCUCCCCCCAGACCUGAUCUCAUCCAGCCACCACAUGACUGUGUUGUUUGUGGCUGACGAGGGAGUGGCUGACAGCGGCUUCAACGCAACAUAUCAGUCCGUCUCCCUGCUGGAUAGGACAUGUGGUCCGAGCCAGUUUGCAUGCAGUACCGGUGAGUGUCUUCAGCCACAGUGGUUGUGCGACGGCUGGAACGACUGUUCAGACGGAGCAGAUGAACAAGAUUGUGGCAACUCCACCUACCCUCCCUUCACUUCAGCAUGUGAAUCCAUAGAGGUGGAGAUGUGUCUGGGUCUCAGCUACAACCUCACCUCAUUCCCCAACAUCUGGCUCUCCAUCGCCGAUCAGAGAGAAGCUGCCACAGUUCUGCGACAGUACAGGGUUCUGAUGGAGCUGGCCUGCUUUGAGCCCUUGCGGAGACUGGUUUGUGGGAUGUUCCUGCCACAGUGCAGCCCCCAAGGAGGCGUUCUCCAGCCCUGCCGCUCAGUCUGUUCCUCGGCCGAGCAACAGUGCAGCCAAGCCCUGGACCUCUUCUCCUUCAGCUGGCCCUUUAACUGCCACCUCCUGCCAGACUCACACGACCCUGUGGAAUGCUCACUGCCUUGACUGACACUUUCAAAAAUGAUCAGUGCUGACAAAAAAGAAAAGUGAGCUUGUUGAGGACUGAGAGACCCUGCACAACAGCAGCAAUAAUGUAGCUGCUGGUUGACUAAUUGGUUUAACUUUCCAGAAAAGCUAACAAAAAAAAAGGUUUCCUCGCUCAUGUCUAAAACGAUACUAGUCACAAGUAACAACCUUCUUGGCAAGGGCUCACGGUCCAUCACAAUGACACUACGUACGUUGGCGAUGACGUCGAGCAUAUCAGCCGGGCACUUGCUGCAAUAAACUCCCACAAAUGUGCACUGUUCAUUGCAUUGUUAGAAACAUGUGAUGAAUGAAAACUUCUUUGACUUUGAACAAACUUUUUCAUAUCUUUAAUGCAUUUGUCCUACAACACACCACAUUGUGAUGUGAUAAUGUACUUACAGUGUAAAGGAGUUCACACAUGAUUGAGAUAAAACGUGAUGCGGGUAGUGAAAAAUAGCUUUGCAUCACUCAGCAACCAACACAGUAUCUCAAAUAACCCAUCUCCUUAACCAGUGGGUGUUCAAGCAACAAUUUGUAACAGCUCUACUAAAUUAAAAGUAGUUUGAUUGAAAUGAAAGUUGCUCACAUUAAACCACAGGAUUUCACGCCAAGUUUUUAGAAUACUUAAAAUGCCCAAGAGUCUGGUACUCACAUGAUUCUGUCCGUAACUGCAUGAAGUUUGAGUGCACAUUUUCAAAUAUGAGAAUCUUCAGUCACAUGAGAAGCAACCUUCACUGCAGAUGUGACGGGACAAGAAGCUGCAGCGUCUGCUCUAAGGCUACGGCAGUCAGUCCCCACACUCGAUGCUUCCCAUUACGAAACACCGGCAACGUGUAGCCGUACUUGUCCCCUGUGCGAAAGUGUGUGUAGCCACGGUUUUGAGGGUCGCACAAAUGGGACAAGGACAAAGUGAAAAUCUCUUCCACCUGAGAUGGGGGGGGGGUGUAAAAAAAAAAGAACAUCUGAAUUUGGAUGCACAUGAAUUGAUGUGUGUUCAUGUGACUACACAGACUCGAUAGAGAUGGGAAGCUAUGAUACAGAUUAAAUUUAAAUACAUUCAGUCACUAGUAAAAACGAACACUAUUUUAUCCAGCUAAGCUAGAUAGGACUCCUCACAUUACACACCCAAAGUCAAUAGUAAACCAUUUAAGGGUCAGUCUUCUGAAAGGCGUACCAAAGAGGGUGCCGUCAGGUGAAACUGCGUUGAAUAUUUUCUUUGGGUCUGUUCGGGUCUACACUAACAAAACUGACACCUGAUCCGAAAUCAGAAAUAUGGCAUAAUGUCCAGGAUACGUGUUACUCUCAGGAUUUCUACUGAUUUAUUUUUUUCUAAUCAGUUCACUUUGGGGAACUGCUUCUUUUUUUUUUUUUUUUUUUAAACAUCAUGCUUCCGUGGAAAGUGAAGUAUGUUACUUCAGUGUUAACUAAUAAUGUUUUAAAGAACAGUGUUGAGUCUCGCAUGGAGUUUAAAGCGGUGCUCCGUGUUACGUGCAAGAUACGUCACCAUUGUGGAGCAUGUUUGGAAAAUUUAAAAGGAAAGUUCAAAGCAUUUGUAGUCAUAGAUUGACUUGAUAUAGCGAUAUAUAUUAAAAUAAUACUUCAUUUUAAUAUGCAAAUUGGUGAAAGUGACUUUCAAUUUUGCUUCCCAUGUCACGCUUUUGGUACCCUUUUCAGGAGACUGACCCUUAACUAAAAUGACUGUACCUCUCCAGGGUUUGGUUUGAAGGACAAUUCCUCAAGAGGACCUAUGUUAGCCAGCACAGGAGCAACCAUCAUCCCAGACUAUACAAAGUUCAUCUAAUCCACUCACCAUGUCCCGAAGGGGCUUGAGAACGCCCCACACCCUUUCUGGAGAGACAUUAACACCAAGCUCCUCCCGUGCCUCCCUCAGUGCAGUGGCCACCACAUCACUGUCUGACGGAUCGCUCUUGCCCCCCGCAAAGCUACACAGAAGAAGAAAUGAGGACACAGACAGAAGUGCGUUGGGUUUGUUUUUAUGGCUGCAACUAACCUGACGUCUCCCUUGUGCCUGCCCGUGAGCGUUCUGGAGCGUAGGGUGAAGAUAAACGCUGGUUCACCUCCGACACUGCAGAGUGACACCAGAAUGGACGCCCAUCUUCCCUGAUUUUUUCCUUUGUUCUGACUGAGACAUUUUCUUCCUUUGUCCACUUCAUAAAUUGUCAAAUUGGGCCCCAGGAGUUGUCGACACCUGUUUUCAUUGUCCAGUGUUAGACAAUCACUCCAGGCUGCAUGAACUGCUCUGGUUUGGUGAAAAGAGAGGCUAUAGGCGUGUGCUCUGUUGUGGAUGUUUUUUAACCAUUGUAAAGAUCUUUCAAAGUUUUGCCUGUAGCUGAAAUUACUACAGUAACUUUGACUGGUAAAAUGUGAGUGUGAAGGCUCCCCAUGUCUUUUCCGGGGUGGAAGGCAAGCUGUGGUGGCUAAACAGUCCUGAUGUGCGUUCAGAGUUUCGGGGUUCUGUACAAAAUCUCCCACUUUAGUGUGCUUCCAACGAGAAUACAAUAGUUUGGACUUUGUAGGAGCCUUAAAUUUGAGGUUAUGAAAUGAGGUCUGUUGUGUUAGUUGAGUUUCACAGUGAGAGCUAAAUAAAGAAUGCUUGGUUGGGCAGGAUACAGUCUCUGUGGACACGAAGGAACAUCCCCUCCUUCCAUGAAGGCCUUCACAUGUUGGUUCGUUGACAUGCCAUCUAGCACACGUAGGAUUGGAAAGAACACUUGUGUGGGCUUCAUUCAGUCGCAGACUUGACCCAAUCACCAUUUGUGGGCCCCGAAACAUUCUAUUAAAAAAAAAAAAAAAGAGUUUUGUAAAACAAGUAAUUUCCAUAUUACGUUCACUCAAUGUACUGAUCAUAGAUACACUUAUUAAAAUAAGGGGGACCAGAUGUCCUCCUUUCACCAAAAAUUGCACUUUUUGGGACCUACUAAUCCUACAAUCCUCAUCUGGGAAUUAAUUACCUCCAUUGACGUGUUUUCUUCCAGUGAUGGAUACAUACGUAUGUGCUAAAUUCCAAGCAUAUUUCAUCAUUCAUUUGUAAAGGGGGAAAACACUUGACUUGAAAUAAUUAACAUUCCAGUGUUUGGCAUAAAACGCAUCUUUUGGAAGUCUCUACAUACAGUAUGCAUUCAAUGUAAUAUAAUUAAAUCAUUAUUGCUUGGUUUAGUGAAG